CGAGAUCUGCCGGCAGAAGGACCCACAGUGACCACCUCACAGGAGCCCGAAGACGAGGAGGAGACAUACUACCAUGACAGCGGCGAUCUCUCAGCGGAAGACCUGGAAGGAAACUUCGCCGUCCUCCCCGAGAUCCCGAUCUCGACGACCGCGGAGGUCAGCAUCGAGGAUCUGCAGGUGGGAGACUCGGGAUCGGCCACACCGGAAGAGAUAGAGAGACUCCGGCAAAUAAUCUGGAAGAAACGACACCUACUGAUCGGAAAAGGGAACGCCUUACCCCCGGCGGCCAAGGGCGUCGUGUGCGAUAUCGAUGUUGGAAAUGCGAGACCGAUCGCACUGCGAACCCGGAAAGUGCCCACGCGAUUUCGCGAAAAAGUCGCAGGCUUGAUCAAGGGUCUCCUGGCAGCCGAGAUCAUCCGACCCUCGACAUCACCAUGGGCCUCGCCGAUCGUGAUCGUUCAGAAGAGUAGCGGUGUGGAUAUCAGAUUGUGCAUCGAUUGCAAGCUGGUAAACAGCCUCACGAGGCUGAUGGUCUACCCUCUGCCCCUGAUCAGCGACCUACUAGAGGAUCUGGACAAAGCAUUAUGGUACUGCUCGUUGGACAUGCCCAGCGGGUUUUGGGUCGUGCCCAUGACGGAUCGGGCUCGCGAGAUCUCAGCAUUCAUUACUCCGUUUGGACUAUUCGAAUGGAGCCGCAUGCCUUUUGGUCUUAAGAAUGCCCCACAGAUCUAUCAGCGCCUCGUAGACAACGCGCUGUAUGGAGUUUUGAAGAUCUCGCGAUCGGGCGACACUGGGGCCACAACGGAUGUGUUCCUGACCGGGAUCGCGGACGAUCCUGAUCGCGAGUCGGUGUUGGGUCGGAGAUCGUACAUCGACGACAUCAUGAUCGCAGCGGAAUCGUGGGACCAAAUGUGCCGAAGAGUGGAAGAUCUGUUGGAGGCUUGUGAUAAGUGGAAUUUGUCGAUCAGUGUAGCCAAGAGUUUUUGGGGCAUGGAUAAGGUAGGAUAUCUGGGACAUCGAGUGUCGAUCGGAGGUUUGGAAGCGAGCCCGAAAGACCUGAAAUCGUUGACCGAUCUGCCGUUCCCCGGAUCUCUACGAUCUAUGCAGUCGUUCCGGGGCAGUCUAAAUUACUACAGCCGGUUCAUCGAAGAAUAUGCAAUCUAUGUUGUGGUAGUCUACGAAUUACGUGAAGUGGAGUUUGCAGAACUGGGGAAACGAUCAGAUCUGAGGGAGAUCUUGGACCGGAAUGACCCGAUCCCUCGAGAUCACGACCCAACGGAACUGAAGUUGACGAGAUCAGUAGACGAGAGGUGGAUCAGGGCGCAUAGGGCCUUCACCACCCUGAAAACCAAGAUCGCGACGACCCCAGUCCUCCGCCAUUUCGACGAGACGAGAACGCCGGUGAUUAUCGUGUAUGCCAGCGAUUGGGCGAUAUCCGCUUCGUUGACGCAAGAACACGACGGGAUCUACCAUCCAGUCGCGUUCGCCAGUCGUACCUUGAAGACGAAUGAGUUGAACUACAAUGUGACGGAGAAAGAGUUGGACGCGAGAUCCGGGUCCUGA